AUUGGAACAGGUUCUUUUGUUUGCAUGUUCCUGUGGAACUCUUUCAUUCCUUCAGCCUACAGUGGUAUUUCAACACCUUCCUUUGAUUGCAACCGCUUGAACAGCAUCACAAAACACAGGAGGUCCCAAUGCUAACGCAAAGUACCUCAGUCUGUCUUUUCUCCCAGGACCGGAUAGUUCCAGGCCAUCAGCCCAGUCGUCCACCCCAGGAAUCCUUCAGGUUCUUUUGUUUGCAUGUUCCUGUGGAACUCUUUCAUUCCUUCAGCCUACAGUGGUAUUUCAACACCUUCCUUUGAUUGCAACCGCUUGAACAGCAUCACAAAACACAGGAGGUCCCAAUGCUAACGCAAAGUACCUCAGUCUGUCUUUUCUCCCAGGACCGGAUAGUUCCAGGCCAUCAGCCCAGUCGUCCACCCCAGGAAUCCUUCAGGUUCUUUUGUUUGCAUGUUCCUGUGGAACUCUUUCAUUCCUUCAGCCUACAGUGGUAUUUCAACACCUUCCUUUGAUUGCAACCGCUUGAACAGCAUCACAAAACACAGGAGGUCCCAAUGCUAACGCAAAGUACCUCAGUCUGUCUUUUCUCCCAGGACCGGAUAGUUCCAGGCCAUCAGCCCAGUCGUCCACCCCAGGAAUCCUUCAGGUUCUUUUGUUUGCAUGUUCUUGUGGAACUCUUUCAUUCCUUCAGCCUACAGUGGUAUUUCAACACCUUCCUUUGAUUGCAACCACUUGAACAGCAUCACAAAACACAGGAGGUCCCAAUGCUAACGCAAAGUACCUCAGUCUGUCUUUUCUCCCAGGACCGGAUAGUUCCAGGCCAUCAGCCCAGUCGUCCACCCCAGGAAUCCUUCAGGUAGAGAUCAGUCGAGAUGGAGAAAGGUUAUCCCGGGGAUGGUACUUCUGCCCCUCACCCAGGACCUCCCAUGGCCUAUGGGGGGAUAGCCACGGGCCAGGGCCCUCAGCCAGGCUUGUACCCCCAGCCCCAAGGCGGAUACCCUGCCUCCCCUGGUCCUCCACAACCAGGGUUCCAGCCUGGUCCCUACCAGGGAGGUCCCCAAGCAGGUGUGUACACACCUCCACCACAGUACACCUCUGGACCAGGUGGACCGGUGCCAGUCGGUGAUGACCCGGUAAUAAUGACUCCUAGCCUGAAGGAGGUCGGAGGUUCGACCAUGUGUCCCCACUGCCAGCAGCACGUGGUCACCAAGACAGAGACCAACCCUGGCCUGCUCACCUGGCUCAUCUGUGGUGGCCUCUUCAUUGUUGGGUGCUGGCCAUGCUGCGCCAUCCCUUUCUGUGUAGACUCAUGUAAAGACGUGAAUCACACCUGUCCCAACUGCAAUAAUAACAUCUAUGUCUACAAACGCAUGUGAUAUUAAUUUGACCUGACUGUACUACCUUUAUCUGAAGGACUGGGACAUGGCACUUCAAUCAAAUCAACAUUUCUGUUAAUGUAUGAGGUUCGUAUUCACUAGGGCAUGUGAUGUUGGAAAAUGUUUUACAACGAAGAAACAAAAACGAAUUCUUAUUGGACAAGUCCAGAUAGUCCCUCCCUUUUUCAGUCCAUUUUCUUCCAUUUGGUGCCUAAUGAAUACAACCCAGGGGUAGCCAAAAGGGUUAUGUCUAUCCUAUAUAGUCCCUGAGCAGGUGGUGAGCUUCCCUCAGCUCCACAAAAUACUACAUAAUAUAUGCCAUUUAGCAGAUGCUUUUAUCCAUUUUUGUAUGAGUUGUCCUAGCGGAAAUUCAAGCCCACAAGUGCCAAGCUCCAUCAGGUCCCUGGCCAGACUUGACCCUUGAAGUGACUACCAAAGAGAAUCCUGAUACCAAAGACUGGUAGUAGCUGCGCUAUAGCUGUUUCACUGUAGUUCUGUACUCCUCUGAAGUCCAUGAAAGUAAAGGAACUUCUAAACCACUCUACUUAUUGUAAUAUUGUUACAUUGAGAUGUAUAUAUCACCCUCACUUCUUAUUGUAAUAUUGUUACAUUGAGAUGUAUAUAUCACCAUCACUUCUUAUUGUAAUAUUGUUACAUUGAGAUGUAUAUAUCACCCUCACUUCUUAUUGUAAUAUUGUAACAUUGAGAUGUAUCUAUCACCAUCACUUCUUAUUGUAAUAUUGUUACAUUGAGAUGUAUAUAUCACCCUCACUUCUUAUUGUAAUAUUGUUACAUUGAGAUGGUUUUGUUAUUACACUCUUGCAGUUGUUCCCUCACCGAUCCGUUCUCUUUUUUUCCUCUGAACGUUCUACUACUCAUUUGUCAUAAAAUACCAUUGUCAAUAAUUACAAUGGAUCUUAUGGAUCUUAUAAUUACAAGGAAUCUAAUGGAUCUUAUCUUACCUUUCCACUUCCUGUCUAGUUGCUCUGUAAAGCUCUGAUUAAAGUUGUCUGUAUUGAA